AUGCUCCCACGAGUGAUUCCAUCAAUUCUUUCUGUCGUUUUCUUCUUCUCCUUCUUGUUUUUUGUCGCUGCUCUCGUUAUGCAGUUUGUACGAAUCGAUUCUCCAGACCUAGAAAAUGAGGCAGUUUUCAAUUCAGCCCCAUACGAUGUUUUCGUCUAUUCCGCGUUUCAUUUUAAUCAAUCAAAAAGUCUGGGCGAAUCGUCGAUCGUUAUUCUGAUGACUGCCGAUUUUGAAGUUUUGGAUACAAUAAAAAAGUUGGAUUUAUUGGUGAUAAAUGCUACGAAUCGAGGCAUGGCGACGGCGGAAUUAGAGAGGGUCACAAUUCACGAUGCUUGCAAAUGGAUAGCAAUGACAGCGACAGCAGAAGUUGUGAAAAAUCCAUCACUUCUUUUUGUGUCUCUCGGAGGAAACCAUGCACCAAUUCCAUUCGAAGUGGUUUCCACCGAGCCUAAGCCUGUCGUAAUGUGUAUUUCUCCUCUAUUCGCUGCCGAAAACUGGCAAAAUCUUCUCGUCGCUCUUCACGUCUACAAACGAUUCGGUGCUCAUAUGCAUCUCUAUAUUCGAAGUGUCGUUUCGCCGAUGCUUGAAAUUUUGAGAGUUUAUGAACAGGAGGGUUAUGUGACACUGAAACCAUGGAAUAGAAUUAAUUUGUUGAAUCGAGAUGAGCGAGAUUUCAAUCCGAAUUUAAAUGUGGAGUUUAGAAGUCAGGCGGCCGCUCAGACGGAUUGCUUGUUGAGAUAUAAGGAAGCCUCCGAAUUUAUUGCCUUUCUCGACCUGGACGACUUGAUUCUUCCCAGAAUGGCAAACUCUUAUCUGAACGAAUUUCGAUUUCUGGCAGCCGAGAAUCCAACUGUUGCCUAUUUCACAUACACCAAGCAGAAUACGAGGACAAGAGCAUAUAAGAGAGCCAAUGUGUUUUCGGUGGAGCACGUUUUGAGGAGUGUUCAAUUCGAACAAACGACUGAAACUGGAAAAAUGGUAGCGAUUCCUUCAAAAGUGAACAACACAUGGAUACAUUGGACACAUAAAACUGUUAAGAAAUUGGAAGUGGACCCAGAAUUUAAUUCAAUCACUCAUUUCAAACAUAUGGAUAUGCUUGACGGAAUGGGCGUGGACCAUGAGAGAGUGCCUCAAUAUAAUCCAACUACGGGUGGUGGAGAUGCUGAAAAACCAUUGAUUUCGAAUAAAAAUUUACAAAUGAUCGAGAAGGAUUUCAAUAGAAUGAGCUGGAAAUCUUCGAUCCGUCGACAUCUCCGAAGUCUUCCGAUCAAUAUGACAUAUGGCAAAUUGAUCAGUGCUUGCUUUAAGGAAUCGUAUUACACAUUUCAUGCAGCCAAUGAAAAUCAUGGAAUGUUAUGUCCAGGACCAGAAAGAUGUGAUCUCUCCUCAUACACUGCCCGCUGCUGGAACAGCGUCGGCGAGUACCAUUCAACGCGUGACGGGAAACUCAUCAAUAUUCAUUUUGCCGAAAACUCAGACUUUGCAUUACUAGACGGGUGUCAAGUGUAG